UGCCUCAUAAACCCGCUAUAAAUACACACACCCAUCUGGCACUCAAACCACUCGUCCUCUCUAAGCUAAACUUAAGACACCCAUUUCUCUCUAGCAACGAUAAUGGCUAAGGUUUCUUAUCUUUUGCUACUUUUCUCUGUCUUGUGCUUUGCCGGUGUAGCCAUGUCAGCAGCAGCCGCUUCGAGUGGCGGUGCCAGAAAUUUCAUCAAGGCCUCAUGCAGCGCUACCACCUAUCCUGCCCUGUGCGUUCAAUCUCUCUCAGCCUACGCCGCAGAAAUCCAACAAAACCCACGCCAGUUGGCUCAGACCGCCUUGUCCGUGAGCCUGUCCAGCGCUCAAUCCACCAGGACAUUCGUGUCAAAGUUAAAGAAGUUCAAGGGAUUGAAGAACAAGGAGUAUGAAGCUAUUGCAGAUUGCUUGGACGAAAUGGGUGAUACUGUGGACAGGCUAGGCCAGUCGAUCAAAGAGCUCAAGAACAUUGGUAAAGCAAAGGGUCAGGAAUUUGUGUGGCACAUGAGCAAUGUUGAGACGUGGGUCAGUGCAGCACUAACCGAUGAGAACACUUGCGUUGAUGGGUUCGCUGGCAAGGCCUUGGAUGGCAAAAUCAAGGCGUCCAUUAAAGCACGGAUUGUCAAGGUUGCACAAGUCACCAGUAAUGCACUAUCACUAAUAAAUCACUAUGCCUCAAAGCACUGAGCCACUUCCCAGGUUUUGUUUUUGAAGGAUUCUUGGUCGCUACUUUUGUGUGGUUUGGUUCUGAUGUAUAUUUCAGUGUGUUUUUUAAUCAUACAUAUUAUAAAUCUCCGUAGCGUAAUCCGUAGAAUAUCCGGUACUCCAACAAUCAAAGUUGGUUUAAAAGUUCUAAAACUGUGACAUCACGCGUUCUAUGAAAGUCUUACAGCUCUUUUUUC